UCUGGCCUCUUCCAGCCUCUUAUUGGAUUGCAUUCCCGUCACUCAAAGUCAGAGAGGUGGGCUCUUAGGCCCUAUCCAAUCGGGGAUGGUUCAAUAUGAACUGUCCAAUCAGAUGCACAGCCAGAAAGAAGAAGGCACCGGGAAUUCUGAGCGAUUUGUCACUUGAGCUGGGCUGUGAGCUGUGGGGUCCUCUUCACCGGUUUCAUUCCUGGAGAUCCCAAGUGUCUGUGUAGCAGCCUCUGUCACCCUGUGACUGCAGGUACUGGGAGAUCUGUAGGGAGGAUAUCGGGACAUCCUGGGAGCUGGGAAAUGGGAGUGUUGACAUUUAAGGACGUGUCUAUUGAAUUCUCUGUGGAUGAGUGGGCCUGCCUGGACCCUGCUCAGCAGCAUUUGUAUCGGGAAGUCAUGAUAGAGACCUACAGAAACCUGGUCUUCCUGGGUCUUGCUGUCUCUAAGCCAGACCUCAUCACCUGUCUGGAGCAAAGCAAAGGACCCUGGAAGGUGAAGACUCAGCCGACACUAGUCAAGCACCCAGCUCUAUAUAAUCAUUCUACGCAAGAGCUGGACACAAAUAUUUUAUUUCCAGAGAUGAUCCUCAGCAGAUAUCAAAGCUGUGGCCCUGAGAAUUUAAACUUAACAAAAGACUGGGAAGGUGUGUAUGAGUGUAAGAAGCAGAAAGUAUGUUACAGUGGACAUGACCAAUGUUUAACAGCUACCCAUGGCAAAGUCUUCCAAUGUAGUAAAUGUUUGAAUGUCUUCAGACAGUUGUCAAAUCUAAAUAGACAUAAGAUGAUACAUACCUUAGAGAAAACUUUGAAAUGUAAAAAGUAUGGGAAAGCCUCUAAGCUCUGCUCACACUUCACAGAACAUAAGGUAACAAAUACUGGAGAAAAACAAUACAAAUGCAAAGAAGGUAGCCAAGUCUUCCAAUCUUGCUCAAGACUCCAUACUGGAGAGAAACUCAACAAGUAUGAAAAUGAUGGCAAAAGUCUUAGCCACAGAUCAAAGUGUUAUAACCAUAAGAUUUUGAAUACUGGAGAAAAAACCUACAAAUAUAAGGAAUGUGACAAACUUACCAAGCAGUAUUCACACAUUUAUGGCCAUAAAAGAAUUCAUUCUGGAGAGAAAUGCUACAAAUGUCAAGACUGUGGCAAAGCCUUUAAACAUUACUCAAGCCUUUCCGUUCAUAAAGUACUUCAUUCUGGAGGGAAACCCUACAAAUGUGAAGAAUGUGGCAAAGCCUUUAUCAGGCACUCACUCCUCUCUAGACCUCAAAGAUUUCAUUCAGGAGAAAAACCUUACAAAUAUCAAGAGUGUGGCAAAGCCUUCAAACAGUACUUAAGCCCCUCUGUACAUCAUAGAAUUCACUCAGGAGAGAAACCCUACAAAUGUCAAGAAUGUGGCAGCGCCUUUAAUAUUAGUUCAUCCUUUACUAAAAGUAUUCACUCUGGAGAGAAACUCUACAAAUAUGAAGAAGGUGGCAAAGCCUUUAACUGGCACUCACACCUUUCUGAACAUCAAAGAAUUCAUUCUGGAGAGAAACCCUACAAAUGUCAAGAAUGUGAAAAAUUCUUUAACCAGCACUCACAUCUUUCUACACAUCAAAGAAUUCACUCUGGAGUAAAACCCUACAAAUGUCAAGAAUGUGGCAAAGAGUUUAAGCUGAACUCACACCUUUCUAGACAUCAAAGAAUUCACUCAGGAGAGAAGCCCUACAAAUGUUCAGAAUGUGGCAAAGCCUUUAACCAGCACACAAACCUUUGUAGACAUCAAAGAAUUCAUUCUAGAGAGAAACCCUACAAGUGUCAAGAAUGUGGCAAAGCCUUUAAUCAGCAUUCACACCUUUCUGCACAUCAAAGAAUUCACUCAGGAGAGAAACCCUACAAAUGUCAAGAAUGUGGCAAAGCCUUUAACUGGUGCUCAGAACUUUCUGUACAUCAAAGAGUUCACUCUGGGGAGAAACCCUACAAAUGUCAAGAAUGUGGCAAAGCCUUUAGGUUGAACUCACACCUUUCUAGACAUCAAAGAAUUCACUCUGAAGAGAAACCGUAUAAAUGUCAAGAAUGUGGCAAAGCUUUUAACCAGCAUUCACACCUUUCUGCACAUCAAAGAAUUCAUUCUGGAGAGAAACCCUAUCAAUGUCAAGAAUGUGGCAAAGCCUUUAACUGGGGCUCAGACCUUUCUAUACAUCAAAGAGUUCACUCUGGGGAAAAACCCUACAAAUGUCAAGAAUGUGGCAAAGCCUUUAAGCUGAAGUCACACCUUUCUGUACAUCAAAGAAUUCAUUCAGGAGAGAAGCCCUACAAAUGUCAAGAAUGUGACAAAGCCUUUAAUCAGCACUCACACCUUUCUAUACAUCAAAGAAUUCACUCUGGAGAGAAACCCUACAAAUGUCAAGAAUGUGGCAAACCCUUUACCUGGUGCUCAGACCUUUCUGUACAUCAAAGAAUUCACUCUGGGGAGAAACCUUACAAAUGUCAAGAGUGUGGCAAAACCUUUAAUGUUAGUUCAUGCCUUACUAGACAUCAAAGAAUUCACUCUGGAGAGAAACCAUACAAAUGUCAAGAAUGUGGCAAAGCCUUUAGGUUGAACUCACACCUUUCUAGACAUCAAAGAAUUCACUCUGAAGAGAAACCGUAUAAAUGUCAAGAAUGUGGCAAAGCUUUUAACCAGCAUUCACACCUUUCUGCACAUCAAAGAAUUCAUUCUGGAGAGAAACCCUAUCAAUGUCAAGAAUGUGGCAAAGCCUUUAACUGGGGCUCAGACCUUUCUAUACAUCAAAGAGUUCACUCUGGGGAAAAACCCUACAAAUGUCAAGAAUGUGGCAAAGCCUUUAAGCUGAAGUCACACCUUUCUGUACAUCAAAGAAUUCAUUCAGGGGAGAAGCCCUACAAAUGUCAAGAAUGUGACAAAACCUUUAAUCAGCACUCACACCUUUCUAUACAUCGAAGAAUUCACUCUGGAGAGAAACCCUACAAAUGUCAAGAAUGUGGCAAACCCUUUACCCGGUGCUCAGACCUUUCUGUACAUCAAAGAAUUCACUCUGGGGAGAAACCCUACAAAUGUCAAGAGUGUGGCAAAACCUUUAAUGUUAGUUCAUGCCUUACUAGACAUCAAAGAAUUCACUCUGGAGAGAAACCAUACAAGUGUCAAGAAUGCGGCAAAGCCUUUAAGCUGAACUCACACCUUUCUGUACAUCAAAGAAUUCACUCUAGAGAGAAAACCUACAAAUGUCAAUAAUGUGGUAAAGCCUUCAACUCAUACUCAAACCUUUCAGUGCAUCAAAGAAUUCACUCUGGAGAGAAACCCUUCAAAUGUCAACAAUGUGGCAAAUCUUUUAACCAGCAAUCAUACCUUUCUUUCUUUUCUUUUUUUUUUUUUUUUGAGAUGGCCUCAAGCUGUCACCCUGGGUAGAGUUCUGUCAUCACUGUUCACAGCAACCUCCCAACCUCUGGGCCUAAAUGACUAUCCUGCCUCAGUCUCCUGAGUAACUGAAUCUCUCAGUCUGAUGAACAAACUGCAACUUCAGAACAGGCUCAGCUGGGAAGGCUGAGUGUUGGCAAGCUUUCUCUCUCCAUCAUAGUAAACAAAUUGGUGUGCAUAACAUUAGAGCCUCUACUCUGCUCUCCCUGGACAUUCAGGGCCUCUGUUUCCCUCUUCUAUAUCUCUCUUCAAAAUGGAAGGUGAAAUGCAAACCCCUGUGAUCCCUAAAGUCCCACUGCUCAUUGGUUGAUGAUGUCUUUGUUUAACCCUUUUGAUGCUUUUCAACUGCCUUAACCCUUUGUUUGGACGAAGUCUCCUCUUCAGGCUAGAGACCUAAAUCCUUUAAAUCCACAGGCCUCCUUUCUCAUGUCUUUAUAAAGAAAAGACAAUUAGGAUGCAAUUUUAUUUCAAAGUAGAAAAAAGAAGCAAGAAGUAUCCAAAAUGUAGGUGUGAAAUGUGAAGAAAGUCACAACUAUGAAAAACAAUGGGUCAUAAGGAACUUUAAAGGGUAAGGGAAUAAAUUUGGCGAGGGCAUAAAACUCAUAUAGCAAUGUUUUUCCUAAAAUAAAUCAUGGUUUGAUAAGAAAAAUUUGGGAUAAACACAGGGCUUCAGUAUGUCAAAAAUAGUCUGUAAGGCAUGAUAUUUGCAAAGGUGGAUUUAUUAACAUUUUGUAUGUUAACAAGUUGGUCUAAUUGAAAGGAAAUCUCUAAUUAAAACAACAAAGUGGGCUGGGGGCCUUGGCUCAGGCCUGUAGUUCUGCCCCUCUGGGAGGCAAAGUUGGCUGCAUUGCUUGAACUUAGGAGAUUGAGACAUGCCUGAACACAACCGAUACCCGUCUCUAACAAAAAUAGAAAUGCUGAGGCAAGAGGAUCUCUUGAGCCUAGGGGUUGGAGGUGCUGUGAACUAUUAUGCCACAGCACUGUACCCAGGGUGACAGCUUGAGAUUCUGUCUCAAAGGAAUAAAAAUAAAAAAAUAAGACCACAGGCUUGGCACCUGUGGCUCAAGUAGCUAAGGUGCCAGCCACAAUACACCUGAGCUGGAGGGUUCCAAUCUAGCCCAAACAACAAUAAUGGCUGCAACCAAAAAAUUAGCCAGGCAUUGUGGCGGGUACCUGUUGUCCCAGCUACUUGGGAGGUGGAGGUAGGAAAAUCGCUUGAGUCCAGGAAUUGGAGGUUGCUGUGAGCUGUGAUGCCACAGCACUCUACCCAGGGUGACAGCUCUAUCUCAAAAAAUAAUAAUAAUAAGACCAUCAAGUGUUCUUUUUGUUAUGAGACCUUGUUUAAAACCUCUUGAAACUGGCAAAUAAAUUGCAUCAAUUAUUCAGCAUCAAUCUUCCACUAUGGUGUGAAAAUAAAUCUCCCUCUCUGUAUGUUUUCUGCCUGCCUGCAGCUGUAUGUGAUUAGUUAUGGGUGUUGAGAUCAACAUUAUUAUUAAGCUGUUCUUUCUAUUCAAGGUUAUCAGUCACUCCUUUGAAACCAAAGGAAGAACAAAAGGAGCCAACUUUAUCCUUUAAAAUUCCACUCUCUUUUUCUCAGCUGUCUGACAUUUUCACUCGUUCCUCUGUGUCUUUAAUUCACUCUUCACACCUCUUGGAUUUUUGUUGCUAAGCUAAGAUGAUAGAACACGUACAUGUAACUUCUGCCACACUUGAACAACAACAAUUUUUUCUUUCACAAAUGUGUACUCUGGCCACACUGCACCUUUUCUGGUUGUGGGACAAAAUGGGGACUCCAUGCCCUUAUUGCUGCACUUUUUGAGUUGUGACAUUUUCAAGGUGUUUGGACUAGAUUUUUUACCUACUGCAUCACUGUGGUCUUUUAUAAACCUACAGCCUUGUUUUUUUUUUUUUGUAGAGACAAGAGUCUCACCCUAUGGCCCUCGGUAGAGUGCCGUGGCCUCACACAGCUCACAGCAACCUCCAACUCCUGGGCUUGAGCGAUUCUCUUGCCUCAGCCUCCCGAGUAGCUGGGACUACAGGCGCCUGCCACAACGUCCGGCUAUUUUUUGGUUGCAGUUUGGCCGGGGCUGGGUUUGAACCCGCCACCCUGGGUAUAUGGGUCCGGCGCCCUACCGACUGAGCCACAGGCGCCGCCCCCUACAGCCUUGCUUUUGUCUUGGCUUUAUAAAACCUCUCGUUAGCCACCCCUCAACUGGAGGCAAAUGGUCUGUGAUAAACCUCUUCACAGACUCCCUGAGAAAGAUCCAGGAAGACACUCCAGACUCCUCUCAGGUUGAAUCAAUGGGCAGCCUUUUCACUAUGGUCACAGGUAAGAAUCAGAGCAGACAGGGGCAUCAUCUGAGCAAGAGGACUGGGUGAGGCAAAGGCUAAACAGAGGUGCCCAAGUACAGAUAGGUAUGAAACUCAGGUAUUCAGGGUAGAAUGUGGUUAGAUAGUUGGUAGCAGAUGCCUCCUGCACCUGGAAACUGACAUUGUGAUUUUGGGUGGGAAAUGCUGGGCCUGGAGAACCUGAGAUGGGCCCAGCAUUGUCCACAGGUAUUACUUCGUCCACAACAAUGAUGCCUUUCUGGACAGCGACUAUUUGCCUCAAUGUCUGUAGGGAUGCCUUGUCUGAUGGGUAGUCUAUCCUCUCUUCUCUACCUGUGCAAAGCUGUGGGUCAAGACUUUCUAACAAAUGCUAGGGCUGCAUAUUUAGUGCUUCAUACUGCAACUCUCUCCUAUGACUAAACGACCUGGUUCUGUAGCAGGAGUGACAGUUCAGCCAGAAUACAAAUUCUUUCUUAAACCUCUUACAUGAUGGAUUGGAGAAAAAGAUAUACCUCAUUGAUAUAUCUUUGAUUGAUUUCCUUGUCUUGCUGGGGAGAGUCUUGUCUAAAUUAUGUACUCAGAUUACCUCUGUCCAGAAAACAGUAGCCUUCCAAUGAAGUUACAGCAUGAACAUGUCUGGUAGGAGCUACUCAAGCAUCUGGAGGCUGAGGACAAAUGGUCAGAAGAAAUCAACAUCCAGGAAGAGGAUACCGCUAGGAAAUCCCUCAGGAUCACCCCAGUUGAAGCCCACUUAAAAUCAGAAGCUCAACCACCACAAAAAAUCUAUACUUUUGAAGCAUGAAGCAAUAAUAGACAUAGCCCCUUUGAUUAAAACUUCAUGAGAUGUGGACCUAUAAGGCUCGGUGAAUCUUUAUAUAAAGCCGCCAUUUAUAAAUUGUUUUGGUUGGGGACAGAGUCUAACUUGGUAACCCUCAUUAGAGUGCUGUGGGAUCACAGAUCACAUCAACAUUAAUCUAUUGGGCUCAAUCAAUUUUCUUACCUCAGCCUCCCAAGUACCUGGGAAUACUGGUGCUGGCCACACACCCGGAUAUUUUUUAGAGAUGUCUAGCUCUGGCUUAGGCUGACCUUGAACCUAUGAGCUCAACCAGUCUAUCCACCUCAGCCUCCCAAGUGUUGGGAUGACAGUUGUGAGCCACCACACCAGGUGAACACCCCUAUUUUCAUUGAAAAACCUAAAGGGCAGAGCCUGUGUCUCAGUGGGUAGGGAGCUGGCUCCAAAUAUCAAAGUUGGCAGGUUCAAACCAGGCCCUGGCUAAAACAGAAGUAACAACUGCAACAAGAAAUAACUGAGCAUUGUGCGGGGCGCCUAUAGUCCCAGCUACUUGGGAGGCUGAGGCAAGAGAAUCACUUAAGCCCUGGAGGUUGAGGUUGCUGUGAGCUGUGAUGCCACAGCUCUCUACUAAGGGUGACAAAGUGAGACUGUCUCAAAAAAACGAAAAAUUUCUCAGGGGCACAUGACAACUGGGUAUGUGAAAGUGCCAGUGAGAAGGAGAAGACACAGCAAACUCCACGAUGUAAACUCAGGUUUUAACUUCACUCUGUCUAUAAAUACCACUGGUGUUUUUCAUCUUCUGUAAUAGUAACAUAUACAAAUGGUUCCCACCUGAAUGGUCAGCACGCUGUAGACUUAGUCAUUUGACACCCUCUGCUACCAAGUACUCCACUAUAAAUGCCAGUCGAAUUACAAAGUUGGCCUCCUUUGUUCCUAAGGUGGUACUUUAUAGACAUACAAAAUGUGACAAUGUAAGAAAUGCCCUUGGCGAUGUAGGGAUCAUGACAAAACCUGCCUUUUUCCCUUGGUUGCUUCAUUAAAAGAUUAACUCACAAUUGUAGUUUUUUUUUUUUAAUUUUUUUUGUGUGUGUUUUUGUAAUUGUGGUAGAUUAAUAAGAGAAAGGUCGGGAGGGCGGCACCUGUGGCUCAGUGAGUAAGGCGCUGGCCCCAUAUGCCGAGGGUGGUGGGUUCAAACCCAGCCCCGGCCAAACUGCAUCCAAAAAAUAGCAGGGCGUUGUGGUGGGCUCCUGUAGUCCCAGCUGCUUGGGAGGCUGAGGCAAGAGAAUUGCGUAAGCCCAAGAGUUAGAGGUUGCUGUGAGCCGUGUGACAUCAGGGCACUCUACCCGAGGGCGGUACAGUGAGACUCUGUCUCUACAAAAAAAAAAAAAAGGUCGGGUGGUGCCCGUAGCUCAGUAGGUGGGGCACUGGCCACAAACACUAAGGCUGGUAGGUUCUUUUUUGUGUGUGUGGUUUUUGGCCGGGGCUGGGUUUGAACCCGCCACCUCUGGCAUAUGGGACCAACGCCCUACUCCUUGGGCCACAGGCGCCGCCCAGGUUUUUUUUUUUGAGACAGAGUCUCAGUAUAUCACCCUUGGUAAGAGAGCUGUGGCAUCACAGCUCACAGCAACCUCAAAUUCCUGGGCUCAAGCUAUUCUUCUGCCUCAGCCUCCAAGUAGCUGGGACUACAGGCACCCGCCACAAUACCUGGCUGUUUUUAUUGUUGUUCUUGCAGUUAUCAUUGUUAUUGAGCAGGCCCAGGCCGGAUUCGAACCUGCCAGUCUUGUUGUAUGUGUCUGGUGCCUCAACCACUGAGCUACGGGCACCAAGCCAGGAUGGCAGUUUCUAACCCAGUGUGGGCCAGCUAAAACAACAAUAGCAAAAAAAAAAAAAUAGCUAGGCAUUAUGGGACGCUCCUGUAGUCCCUGCUACUUGAGAAGCUAGGGAGGAGAAUCGCUGAAGGCCAAGUGUUGGAGGUGACUGUGAGCUGUGACACAAUGACAUUCUACCCAGGAAGACAGUUUGAGACUCUAUUUAAAAAAAAAUAACAAUAAAUAAGAAAAAGGUUUAAUUCUAAAUACCAUGUGUAUGGUAGAAGCACAUGAAUGAUUACCCAUAGAUUGGGUGAUCAGAGACUUUUAUAGAUGCCUUUUGGAAGGGAGGGGAGAAGAAUGUGGAAAGUGCAGGUGCAAAAAGUAGUUGCUGGGGGAGACUGUGUGUAGAUGGGUGGAAACAGAUUUAUCUGUAGAUUAACCUCAGAGACAGGUAUCCUGCUUGAAAUGAUCUUGGGGCCAGAUCUAUAGCAUGUAAUAAGGAAGUUAGCAGUCCCUUUUGAUUCUCAAUCAGGUUACUCAGGUUUUAUGUACAUAUUAAAAAGGCCUAUUCAAUGCUUCCUGAUCAUGACUGGCUUUUAUUGCUUUUUUCUUUCUUUCUUUUUUUUUUUUAUUAGAGACAGUCACUUUAUCAUCCUUGGUAGAGUGUCGGGGCAUCACAUAUCACAGCAACCUCCAACUCUUGGGCUUAAGCGAUUCUCUUGCCUUAGCCUCCUGAGGAGCUGGGACGAUAGGUGCCAGCCAUAACGCCCAGCGAUUUUUUUGUUGCCAUUUGGCAGGGGCUGUGUUUGAACCCGCCACUCUCUGUAUAUGGGGCUGGCACCCUACCCACUGAGCCACAGGCACCACCCCUUGACUGGGCUUUAUUUGAAAAUAUUCUUUAUACCAAGUGUUAGGCCUAAGUGGGCCUAGGCUAAAGCAGAUAAGUGUCAGGCCUAGGCUAUAAUGGAAAAAUACCAGUUAACUCCUGGCAAAUUUCCAGACUGCAAUUUUUCAAAAAAGAAAUGAAAUAAGUCUAAUUCAACCCCAAGAUAAAUGAGAAAGUACUAAUUGUUUUCUUACUUUUAGUUCGCUCCCAGUUUUUCACUUGGCUAACUCCCUGGGAGACAAACCAACUGUCCUUGGAAUGACCUUUAAACAAUACCAGGUGCAGCAAAUACUGAGGCAAAGAUGUAUGAAACUAAUAUGUCUAUGGGGUGUAUGACAUAUAACUAACCCCCAAAUUCUGCUUCUGUAAAAUGCUUGCUUGCUAUUCUACCCAGAUACACCUGGACAGCCUGAGUACCAACCAGGAUGCAGACCAAGCCUUACAAACCCAACCCCUUAAACACUCGGGGCUGCUCUCAGAAACACCAUGUGACACUGAGGCAGUUACCAAUUGGCUCUUCAAUAAAAGCACUCUGGUAUGAAUUCAA